AUGUAUGGGUCGUUACCAACCGAAUUCAAAAUGGUCGAAACAAAGACAGGAAAGAAGGAGGUGAGCAGUUUGGUGGUAUUUAAGGUCGACGGUGAUGUGUUGGUUGGAGAGAAGGGAGAGAGACAAAUGAGUCAUAAAGGAAGUGUUCCUAUUAAAUAUCCAAUGACACUUAAUGGGAUAACGAGAGAACUGAAUGACGCUAAUAAGAAAAAACGAACUAUUGAAGUGAUGAGAGAAGAAGACUAUAUCACUGUUGGGGAAGAAAGUCCACUGAAAUUACUUGCAGGGAAUCUCACGAUUUCGUAUGGAUUUUUGAUAUCAUCACUACUCGACGAAGUCAUUGAAUUGGCUGAUGGAAAGACAGCGAAAAUGAGUGGUGACUUUCCUAAUGUCAUUUCAAUACCUUCCUUUUAUCAACCAAAACAAAUUGAAACGCUAUCUCUUGGGGUCAAUGCACUGAGUGACCAAGAGGAAUUUGUACUGAAAAGUGACCCGGACAUGAAGGAACAAAAUGAAAAAGAUGAAGGCAAAACGGGAGACGAAAUGUUAAAAGAGUUCAUCGAUGAUAUGAAUGAUGACAAAGAAACUCCCAAAGAGAAAACAGUGAAAGUACCGAAGAAAACUAAAGGAAAGAAAAAGAAAAUUAAAAAGACGAAGAAAACAGACAAUUUGAAGAAAAGAGUUUUAGACAAAUUGACACAAAAAGAAGAAGGCAAAGAAACUGAAAAUACAAGUAAAAUACCAGACCAAAAAGAAGCAGCCAAAGCUCUUCAAAGUGUUACUACGUUUGCACCAAAUCAUAUUCUUCACGCUCUUGAAUAUUAUGCUAUAGAAGAUAUUAAAGAAACAAAGAAGAAUCAGACGGUUGUUGUAGUGGAGUUUGGGGCGUCGUAUUUCCGAGCUACAAAAUUUCGAGUGAAAGGAAAGGAAAUUGAAAUGAUCCAACACGAGACAUCUUUUCUGAUUAACACCAGAAAGUUAAACCAAAUGGUAUUAAUCCUCAUCUUGAAAAAAUUUGAAAACCGGCAGCAGGUGAUUGAAAAGAUCAAUACGAUGACACCCGCACAAGAAGCAGCCCUGUGGAAAACAGUUGAUGCAUUCCGUGUACAACUCUCUGCAAACGAGAGAGUCAUCACUGAAUUUAUGGAAAAGCCGAUUGUGUUGGUUCGGUCUGAAUUUGAAGAACUGAUCAAAAGUGAUAUUGACGACAUAGUAAAAUUGUUAAUGCCUAUGAGAGAAGGUGUGGAUGCUGUGUAUCUGACUGGAGGACUGGGAUAUACGCCGAUUAUCAGUAAGAAAGUGGAGGAGGUCUUUGGGAAGGUUUCACGAAAGAUGACAAAAUUACUCGAAGGAAUGCGAUUGUAUGGGAUGAUGCACCCGAUUAAUGGCGUGUUAACGAGUGCCAGUCCACUCCCACUUAUCCAUGACAUUUUACCAUUUGGUUUUUAUGUCAAAGUUGGUGGGAGUGAUGUACAAAUCUUUGAGAAGAAUUACAAGUUGCCGGAUGACAAUGUAGAGUCGGUGGAAAUUGAAAUGAAUGGGAAUAAAGAUAUCCAGUUGUGUAUGUAUACACCGGGAAAGACUGAGUACGACGUAGACAACUGUUUUGACGAUUACGAAGUUGAAGGAAACGUUAUGUUAGAGAUUGUACCCCUUUCGAUGGGUUUAGUGAAGAGUGUCAAAGCGGAAAAGGUGAAGAAAGUUGGUGAUAAAAAGGAGGACGUUGCUGUUUUAAUUAAGAACAAACGAAGUCGUGAUAAGUCGAUGGAACUUAUUGUACAAAAGAGAAUGGAAUACCAAAAGCUGUUGAUGAACAUCAAGGACGACCCAAAUAUCGUUCAAGAAGACGAAGUGUAUGACUCGAUUUUGAAAGAGUUGGAUGAAGUAGAAAAUGGUGAAGACAUUGCGCUGAUUGACUUAGAAAAGAAGAUCAAAGUAGCGAAGAAGAUGUGGGAUGAUUUGAAGAGUGGGAAGAAGGAUGAGGUAAAGAAGUACGACAAUGAUGAACCAAAUGGAGCGAAUGAAGACGAAGAGGAGAAACAGAAGCAAAAUCUCGAGGAACACGAAGAAGAUCCUAAGGCUGAUGACGUAACACCAGAAGAAGAAAAAAAGCCAGAAACUGGAGGAGAAGAAAACCAAAAAGAAGAGGAAGAAGAAGUGGAAGUCCCUAAAAAGCCGAAGCACAAGAACAGCAAAACAAAUGACCAAAAAGAAAAGAAGAAACGACGGGAUGAGAUUUUAAAACUACGAGAAACGUUUAAGGAGAAGUUGAAAGAAAACAAAGAGAAAGCUACUACACACCCACCUGAAGAGAUUGGAGUGGAAGACAAAACAAAACAAAACUUAGUUGAGACAGUGAGAGAAAAGGGUGGUGCUCAAGAGUCUGUCACAAUGAAAGAAAAGGUGGAGCAUCUCAAAGCGAGAGUAGAUGCAUACACUUCGAUUAGAAAAGUACGUGGAGGGCCCGAACUCUCUGUGUUGUUAUCAAAUGCGUUAGAAAAAGCGAGUCGUGGUGCUUUAAUGGAGAGUGACUUUAAAGAGCUUGAAGAGAGUGUUAAAUCGUUUUUGACGAAUUACACGUAUUACUUUGGCUUCACUGAGAAAAAGAAGACGGUCAUUACGGUAUGUGGUGUGCUGAUCCUCAUAUGGUUUGUUGUGAUGGUUGUUGUUGUGAUGAGACGUAAGCACACAGAUGAGCCGAUUGAGAUGGAGAGCCUUCGUGACAGAUGA